GUGCUAUUCUUUCAAGCAAGAGGUAAUUGCCUAAGCCACGUGUAACUCACCAAAUAUCCUAAUCCAAUCCUAACCGUCCAUCAUAUUCAGCAUCUACACUCAUCAACGGUCCAGAUUCUCCUUUAAAUCACGGAAACGAAUAUAGCAUCACUACAUAUAUAGCUGGGUCCCACACUUUACGUGUAAUUCUGAUCCAAAAAACCGUAGCUAAACCCAAAAAACCGUAGCUAAAAAGUAAAACAUAGAAUUUUAGCUAAUUAAAUUCCUCCACGUGGCACUUCCGACAUAAAACCACCGACUCCGUCCUCGUAUAACAACAUUACACAAAAUGAAAAAGAUGUUUUUUUUUUUCUUGAAAAUGUUAGUUUUUGAGAAAACACAAAUCUCUUCAUAAACCUCCAUUUUCAAUUUGUUGUGAUUCACUUUGAUUCCAUUCUGGGUAUCGAAAAUUUUGUUGAUUUUCCGCAUUUUUUUGGAUUUGCUAUUGGAAAGAUUGGAUUUUUGAAAGAAAAAGAAUAACCCCAUGAUUCAACAAUUGGUUGAUCAUGUCCUUGCUGUCAUUAAAGAGUCAGUGAAGGCUAUUACUACUGAGUCAUUGAACAGUAUUAUUAGGAUAAUCAAUGGAGUAUCGGCACUUUUGUUGGCAUUACUUCCUGGAAAUGCUAAAAUACUUGAAGGUAUUCAUGGUUGGGAACUCAGACCAACUUUCCGAGGACCACGGUUACCCCGAUGGAUGGAGAAUGGUGCAUCUUCAUUCAAUCAAUUCAUCUACGAACUUUCUGUGGAUUCUGAUAACUCAAGCUUCGAAUACUCAUCAUCCGGAGAAGAAGAUAGUGAUAGAUGUGAAUGCCCUCCAUCUCCCGCAUCUUAUAGUUCUAGAGCCUCCGAUGCUGCCUAUACUAAAUUCAAUAGGCAUCAAAUGAAUUGGAUCCAAUAUAUAUUACUUUGGAUUUUACUUCCUAUAAAAUUUAUGCUGAGGAUUCCGCUUCGUCUUCUCCGGUUAUCUUAUUUUGUGGUGUCGAAAGCCCUACAUGUCUCCAGAGAGAAACGCCCUCCACAUUUACAUGCAUAUAAGAGGGUGCAAAGCCUCAAGGAACACUUUAUCCACCGUGCUACUGAUAGGAGACGCGGCGUUGUAGAGGAUCUUCAUCUCGGCAUAGAGAUAUGUAUAGAAUCUAUCUUUGAUGUUCUUCACAAGACAGCACAUCUUGUUCUAUCUCCGUCAAAAGCUUUUGGUGCAUUAUUCAGUUUGUUUUCAUCUCAUGGAAAUGGAGUUAAAGAAAGUCGCAAUUCUGUUGAGGAUGCACCUACGGAGAAGAUAACUAACUACGAGUCUCUGAAUACAGAUGCCCGUACAUGUCAGGAUGUCAUAACAGAUCUCGGGUAUCCGUAUGAAGCUAUUAAGGUGAUCACUGCUGAUGGAUAUAUUAUUCUUUUGGAACGUAUACCUAGACGAGAUGCAAGAAAGGCUGUUUUUCUUCAGCAUGGAGUUUUUGAUUCAUCAAUGGGUUGGGUAUCUAAUGGUGUAGUUGGAUCUCCAGCUUUUGCAGCCUAUGAUCAAGGGUAUGAUGUAUAUCUCGGGAAUUUUCGUGGUUUGGUUUCCAGGGAACAUGUCAAUAAAAACAUAUCAUCACGACAAUACUGGAAGUACUCCGUCAAUGAGCACGGGACGGAGGAUAUUCCUGCUAUGAUAGAGAAAAUCCAUCAAGUGAAAACAGCUGAAUUGAAGCUUAGUACACCUGAUACUGAGGACAAGAUCGAUGGGGAUCAGCCUUACAAGCUUUGUGCAAUUUCUCAUAGUUUGGGAGGAGCUGCGAUGAUAAUGUAUAUUGUUACUCGAAGGAUAGAAGAGAAGUCACAUAGACUUUCAAGAUUGGUUUUAUUAUCUCCGGCCGGUUUUCAUGACGACUCUAACAUAGUUUUCUCCGCGGCAGAGAUUCUAUUAUCUAUUAUGGCUCCUAUUUUGUCUCGUGUUGUUCCUGCAUUCUAUAUACCUACAAGAUUUUUUCGCAUGCUUGUCUUUAAGUUAGCUCGGGAUCUUCAUAACCUACCUGCAGUUGGAGGACUUGUUCAAACCCUAAUGAGCUAUGUUGUUGGCGGAGACAGUUCAAAUUGGGUUGGAGUUUUAGGACUGCCACACUACAACAUGAACGACAUGCCAGGAGUGUCUUUUCGUGUUGCUCUCCAUCUUGCACAGAUUAAGCGUGUAGGAAGGUUCAGAAUGUUCAAUUAUGGGAGUGCCUCCGCCAAUAGAAAGGCGUACGGUUCACCUGAGCCUUUGGACUUAGGUGAACACUAUGGACUCAUUGACAUUCCCGUUGAUCUCGUUGCCGGACAUAAGGACAAAGUUAUAAGACCUUCAAUGGUAAAAAGACACUAUAGAUUGAUGAAAAAUGCUGGUCUAAAUGUUUCGUAUAAUCAGUUUGAAUAUGCUCAUUUGGAUUUCACAUUCUCACAUCGCGAAGAACUCUUGUCAUAUGUUAUGUCACGCUUGUUGCUCGUUGAUCCGAACUCUAAGCAUCAAGCGAAUCAAAUGGUUGCAAAAUCGGAGAGAAACAAACAAGGUGAAGCUAGCAAGUAGGUUGUACAAAAAGUUUAUACAGUUGUUGUCGAACUGGAAAGUUAGCCGAGUGGAUCAGCUAAUAUUUUUUGGUGUAAACAACAAUCGUUCCCUACUCAGGUACGUUUUCCAUUUGUAUGUUUGAUUAUAGAGCUGUUAUGUGUACUAGGGGUAAACUUUUUCUGCAAAUAUUUUUCUUUCUCAUUUGGAGGAAAAGUAGACCAUGAAAAUAUGUUAGAAAUUUACAUAUCGUAAAAUAGUGUUCUGAUUAUCAGAACUGAACAAAGGCUAAGAGUGUAGUGUAACUCUGUAUCAUAUGUUGGUAGUUCACUAGACUCUUAUGGCAAUUUGAUGUUGUAAUUCUAUUUUCUCUUAGCGGAGAAAAUUGAUUCGCUCAAGGUUUGGUUAUGACAUACAUUUGCUUAAUUGAUUGUAAUGAAUUUAAGAUUAUCUAAUAA